AUGAUCAGUUCAAAGAAGCUUGCUCACUUGGCCAAGAAGUGCCAGAGGAUGGUGGCCGCUGGUGACCGGCAAACUUCAGGCACUAACGGGUGCUGCUGGACGGCUUCCAUGGCAGAUAAGGGCCACUGUGUGAUCUAUAGCGCCGAUGGAACACGGUUCGAGGUCCCAUUGGUGUAUCUCCGCACGAGGGUAUUCGUCGAGCUCCUAAGGAUGUCUCAAGAGGAAUUUGGCUUUACAAGCUAUGGCAAAAUCACAUUGCCUUGUGAUGCUUCUGCGAUGGAGUAUUUGAUUUAUCUGCUUAGAAGAGAGGCCUCGAAAGAGGUUGAGAGGGCAUUCUUCAGCUCCAUAGUGAGCCCUUGCCACAAAACGUCAAUGGGACUAAAUCAGCAGUUUGCUGUUUGUAUCUAG